AUGCAGGCUGUCGCCCAGCCCAUCGGCAGCCAUGACCUGCUGGCCAACGUCCACCGCGGUACAAGGCAUAGGAGCACGUCCGAUGCCUUUCCCUCAGCCCCCAAGGACCCUGCCGCAACAGAACAGCUGCCCAAAGCCGCGAGCUACACCCACUUCCCACGUGUCAAGCACCUCGACGAUCCCUCUCUCCUCUCGUUAAAGGCGAGAUUGUCCGAAGACGGCCUCGAGCUGCGGAACGAUAGCGGACAUGCGACCCCGUAUUCGUCCUCGGACGGCUCGAGCCCGGAAAGCGAGGAUGGUCCCAGGGUGGAGCAGAUGCCGCAGAUUAAUACUUCCAGCUCGCGCCGCUCCUCGAGGCUCUUCUCAUUUUCCAGCAAAACCCAGGAGCAGUCCCAGGACUCGCCUCGUCGUAGCCGCCCAGACGCACGCCAUGAAACCGAGACUUCGACUUCCAAGUCUCCGGUUCGCUCGCUCUCCAAGCUGAGGCGGAAGUCGUGGGUGUCGUCGCAAUCGAGGUCGACUUCUCCUACGAAGACGAAGGACAGUUCAAACAAGGUCGAGGAAGCAGCAAAAGGUGUGGCACCUGCAGAGCCGUCUAAGCGGAGGUCUCUCACUGGCGUCCUGAGCAUUCCCGACAAGUCGGCGCCCAAGGGCGUCGCACCAAACGACACGCCCGACCUUGCGUCGGGCCUCAAAGGUCGCGCUCUGACAAAACGAACCAAACGUCCACUUAGUGGUCUCUUCAGCUCGACAGGCACUAAUCAGCAACCGCUUGCCUCUGACCCGGACGUUCCGGCAAUCCCACAAAUCCCCCAGUCGUUCUCUACCGAGAAACUACCCUACUUCGCGCCCACUCCGGCAACACCAACGAAGCAUAUACCUCCGAUACCGCCCAACAUCUCUGCUGAGAAGCUGAAGGGCGCCAGGACGGAGCCUCGCAAGAAGGACGAGCUAUGGACCGUGUUCCGGACGCUGGAGGCGGACUAUCGAAAGCAGUCCAAGUCCAUUGCCUUGAAGGCCAAUGUAGUUCGAACUACGCUCCUUCCUUUCCUACGCUCCUAUGCUUCGCAUCCUUCAAAUCAUAAGCUGCGCCCCGAGGAUCUUGAUCGGCGUGCCAACAUUUUAAACGGAUGGUGGACGGCUCUGCUGGAACUGCUCGCGGGGAGGAAUAACCAAUCCGUCUCGGGGACAGACCGGCCUGCUAUACUCGAGGGCAUCUCCGGAAUCAUGGAAAGGCCGGAGUGGCGCAUGUCGCCUUCACCCUUCUGUGCGCUCGCGGACCGAUCCGAGAGCUCUUCUACUACCACCACGGAAUCCGGUGGCUCAAAUACAUCCCUUGGAUCCGAUUUCCUCGCCGAGUCGGUCUACCACAAUGUCCGCAACAUCUACACCCAGAACCUUUUGUCGCAACUGAGCUUUGUAGUGGAAAAGAUGUCUCUGCGCAACGCUGCCGCCAGUCUCGUGACUUUUUGCGGGAAAACAUGCGCCUACGCGUUUUGCUUCUGUCCCGGAAUUGCCGACGUCCUGGUGCGCCUAUGGAACCCUUCGCUGGACUUGAUGAAGCGGGUGCUCGUCGAAUCUGGAGUCACGAGACAGGAUCAACUUGGUGCCAUAUCCGCCCGCGUUGUGUCGUCAUUUCCACCCACGCUCCACUCGCUGAAAGUUGAAUCUCUGAUGAAGACAAUGCGAUUGCUACGCCAGCCUGCCUCUCCCCCGUUGGGGACCGCGAGUUUGGACUGGUACGGUGCCUGGAUGAAGCGAUGGUCGGGAGCAGAGAGCGAUUUGUUCUACGUUUUCGUGAAACACUAUCACAUUCUGGUGACGGACUUUCUUCCUGUGGAACCUAGCAAUGCAGAGCGCAUGUGCGUUCCUGGGCUUCUCAUGGUACACGCGCAAAUUCUGGCCAACCUGGAUGCUACCAUCAAUCGCCAUGCCGCGCCACAGCAAGCAGAGGAGCCCAUGAUGGGCCCAUCGAGCAUCACCUUUGAUGACGUUCUGAGCGACCCAGAUGCUUCGGCUUCCACUUUGCCGAUUCCUCCGGCGAACGCCACUCGACAAAUGGUGGAAAAUCGCCUCAUCAUGUUGAUACGAGACUUCCUCUCUGAUCGGAAUGCCCACCUGAGCACUGCCCGGCGGGUGUUUGCGGACGGCUUCGUCUGUCUCCUGAAAGCGGCGGCUAAGAAGGUAUCCAUCUAUGACAACAAUGCAUGCUACACCCUCUGCGAUUUUCUCGAGGAGGCCUUUGCUAUACUGGUCCGUUAUGAGCAGUCGGACCCCAAUGGCCAUUCCGUCCUCGACUGGGAUUUCUGGCUGUCUGUCUGCAAACAGAUGACUGCGAGUCUUAACACGGCCACGGAAAUCAAGCUCUAUGCCUUCCUCUACAGCACCUGGUCAUUAGUGACUGCCGAUGAGAGGCGCAAGACGAGCCUAUGUAUGGAUUUUCUCCUGGAGCCGGACUUUUUCCAGAGCAGGUUCAACCACUGGUGCCCAAUGGUACGGUCUUAUUACAUGCGUCUGAUGUGCUGGCGUGUGGCUCGUUUCGAUGGUGAAGACUCGGACACGGAGACGAAUAUCAUGAAAGCACUCAGCGAUCGACUACGCUCCGUCUGGGCCCAUUACCUUUGGCUACGUGAGGAAGCUGAGCUUCGAAAUGGCCUUUUACCGUCAACACAGGCCUGUAAUCCCGCUCCCGGGCGUCGUUUUCUUAUCAUCCGUAACGACAAUCCCGUCGUCACCCACGGUGGUCCAUUUAUUUUCUUUGAUGGCGUUGUACAGAAUCCCAACUCCCGGCGGUUGUCCGACGCUACGGCGUUGCCCGAGGUCAUCCCUCGCCCAGACUCUGCCCAGUCGGAAGACUCAGACUUUGGCGAGAAGGAGGCGCCAAAGGGACGCUGGAGUCUCUUGCGGAGCUUCAUGGGAGCCUCUCCGAAGCAGCCUGCGAAACCCAAAAGCGCGGCCUCGACUCGAGCGGAAACGAAAACCCCCGGAUCCUCGCCUGCCAGCGGGAGAGACAAGUCUCCUGCAAGCAAGGACGCCUCUCCUGAGGCUCCCGCAUCGGUUCCCACGCACCGUACCUUCAGUUUUCGGUUUUCCCUCGAGUGGGUCGACAAGCGCUUCGGCGCGUACCAGCCCAUGCGGCUCAGCCCGCCCCGGCUCCCGCUCCCCGCCCAAGUCCAUCUCCAGAACAAGGGCAUCAACAUUACGGCGGUGCAGAGUGCCAAACCUACGGGUGCAGCCGUGGCAUCCAGCCGUUACGCCGGCCGGGCGCUCGCCGAGUGGACUUUUAUCUUCCACGAGUGCCAGAACUUUUUCGACCGGAGGAAGAAUGAGGGCGUGCCGUCGGAUCGCUAUGUGGAAACGCCCACGCUGGCAGUGGAGGCGUUUCGGCGGCCGGGCUAA